GCCCUAUCUCACUAUCAUUCCAAGGUUCUCCUCAGCUCGUGCUGACGUGCGGAGCGAUUUUUCCAGAGACGUGUGUGCUACUGUGGAAAAAACGGCAGCCAUUUGUGGUGUGCUGGUGGACAAGGUGAAAAAACCAUCCAAACUUUGUGUGUGAUUGCCGUUUACCGGAUCAACCUGAAACCAUUUUCGGGAAACCUAGCGAGUGAUUUAGUUGGACAGCAGCAAGCCGAACCGGAUCUCAAAUAGUGUCGUUUGUGUUUUAGCAGCGAAAGUAGCAGCAGGAUGGGCAAGGAAAAGACUCAUAUUAACAUCGUCGUCAUCGGACACGUCGAUUCCGGCAAGUCCACUACGACCGGUCAUCUGAUUUACAAGUGCGGUGGUAUCGACAAGCGUACCAUCGAGAAGUUCGAGAAGGAAGCCCAGGAAAUGGGUAAGGGUUCGUUCAAGUAUGCCUGGGUUUUGGACAAGCUGAAGGCCGAACGUGAACGUGGUAUCACGAUCGACAUCGCCUUGUGGAAGUUCGAGACGGCCAAGUACUAUGUAACCAUCAUUGAUGCCCCUGGACAUCGUGAUUUUAUCAAGAACAUGAUUACCGGAACCUCCCAAGCCGAUUGCGCCGUGCUGAUCGUUGCCGCCGGUACUGGCGAGUUCGAGGCCGGUAUUUCCAAGAACGGUCAAACUCGUGAGCAUGCUCUACUUGCAUUUACUCUGGGUGUCAAGCAGCUGAUUGUCGGUGUCAACAAGAUGGAUUCCACUGAGCCACCGUACCACGAGGCUCGUUAUGAGGAAAUCAAAAAGGAAGUGUCGUCGUACAUCAAGAAGAUCGGUUAUAACCCAGCUUCUGUAGCUUUCGUUCCGAUUUCCGGCUGGCAUGGUGAUAACAUGCUGGAACCAUCGGAUAAGAUGCCAUGGUUCAAGGGAUGGGCCGUUGAACGCAAAGAAGGCAAGGCUGAGGGUAAGACCCUGAUUGAAGCCCUGGACAAUAUUUUGCCACCGUCGCGUCCCACCGACAAACCACUGCGUCUGCCUCUGCAGGAUGUGUACAAAAUUGGUGGUAUCGGUACGGUCCCAGUAGGUCGUGUUGAAACCGGUAUCUUGAAACCAGGUAUGGUGGUUGUUUUCGCACCGGUCAACAUCACCACUGAGGUCAAGUCGGUUGAAAUGCACCACGAGGCUCUGUCGGAGGCUCUGCCCGGCGACAAUGUUGGCUUCAACGUCAAGAACGUCUCCGUUAAGGAACUGCGCCGUGGAUACGUCGCCGGUGAUUCCAAGGCUAGCCCACCGAAAGGUGCCGCUGAUUUCACCGCUCAGGUAAUCGUCCUGAAUCACCCGGGCCAAAUUGCCAACGGGUACACACCGGUGCUGGAUUGCCACACUGCCCACAUCGCGUGCAAGUUCGCCGAGAUUAAGGAGAAGUGCGACCGCCGUUCCGGCAAGGUCACUGAGGAGAAUCCCAAAUCCAUCAAGUCCGGUGAUGCGGCCAUCGUCAACCUGGUGCCAAGCAAGCCGUUGUGCGUCGAGAGUUUCCAGGAGUUCCCUCCGCUGGGACGUUUUGCCGUUCGCGAUAUGCGUCAGACCGUCGCCGUCGGUGUUAUUAAAUCGGUCAACUUUAAAGAGGCAACCGGUGGUAAAGUAACCAAGGCCGCCGAGAAGGCCCAAAAGAAGAAAUAACUAGAGACACUGGAACACCCGAGUACCGUUGCGGCAGCAAAGAGCACUGCUAGCAGCAACAACAGCAACACUACUAUAACUACUAUUAAACCAAACCAAUUCUCAACAUUAUUAUUAUUGAAUAAUGAUGAUCGAACGCGGAUUUUGAUUGAUUGCGCAAUCCACUCGAUUGCCUUCAGUGGAAAUCAUCCAUUAUUAUUAAAUAAUAAUUUAAGAAGUAAUAUUAAUCAUAAACUACAAUUUAAUAAUAAUCGUAAUAAUUUAAAGAAAAACACAGAGAAAAAAAUUCAGGCCGGCUGGUGCAUAGAGGAUUUUAUUGGUAAAUUUGCUUACAAAAUUGCAGCAACAACAAAAACAGCAGCAACGCGAUCAUCAUCACAACCAUCACCAUUACUGUCACCUAUGACAGCUUGUUUUAACCAAUUAUUUGCAACAUCUUUAUCAUCAACCCUCUCCUUCAAUUCCAACAACAACAACAUCAACACUAGCAACAAUGAUUACUCCUCACCAUCGCCAUCUCUAUCCGCAAAGAAGACUAAUUUAUUUUACCACCAUAGGAAAGCAUUUCGCAGGAAAGAGGAAAACUUUUCGCAGCAAGAACAGAAACUCUUCGCCAACAUUACCAUCAUCACCAUCACUAUCGAGCAUGUUAUCUCUGUGGCCAUCAGUAAUACUCUUCUAUCCCUACUCCUCACAACUGCUAGUUUAUUAGUUGGUUCUACUAAUGGUACGACCGCAUGGUCAUGAUAAGACCCGUAUGGCAAUCGUAUGAUACCAAAGAUUUCGGAUAAUUUGCUAGGUUUACUUGUUGAUGCGUAAAAAUUAAAAUUGAUUUGAAAAGACACUCCUAUUUUGGUUUCGGUUAACCAUCUAUAAGAAAAAGGAACAAAAAAAAAAAAAACCAAAUAAAGAACGAUUUAUGGAGAAUUGUACUCAAAACAUGACUGUAAUUUUAUUGUUUCUGUCAAACUAUUUGUGAUAUUCAAACUGCUGUGUUUUUGUCUGUAGCAAAUGCGUUUGCAUGAAAAUCUAAUUUUCGAAAGCUGAUACAUAAAAGACACCCGCGCGAGAAAUCGUACAGAAAAUUUGAAAAAAAAAAAAAAAACUGCUGCUAGAAGUGGCUCCCCGUGUAGGUGGCGCAAAUCAGGUAUCUUUCUCCGUAAUUACCCUCUAUAUCUACACGCACAUUAUAGAAUUGCCCCGCAACACAAACCGGAAUGGGCUCCCAGAGAUGGGUCAGCAAACGGACCAGUUUUCCAUCCCGAAAAGUAGCAAGAAAAAUUUCAUUCCGUGUGGUUAUAGAUAGGGUUUCUUUCUUAACCACUAGCAUGAAAACUACCGUCAAGACACACAGAAAUGCAAACUAAACACAUACACACACACUUUCACACCGUAAUUGAACAAAAGUACAGAAGAGAAAAUAAAAUAUAUCGAUGUAGCAAGAUGCAAAACAUUCACGGAGAACAGUACUGACGUUGAAAAUGAGAAAAAUUGCCAAUAAAAAUCAAGAUGAGGCUUGAAGCAUUUCUGUGUUGAA